CCCGCUUUUUGAGUUGUCGUCGGUGAUUGCAGUUGCCCCGAUCUCUCCCGAGCCACUUUUGCCAUCUUCCACACUAGGGUUCCCCUCUGGCCGGGGCUGGGGGGGGCGGUCGCCCGCAGACACUUGGCGGGGUUGGACUUAGCGUGGCCCUCCUUGAGUCAUUCACCUCGGCCAUUUACUACUGCCAGAGCCCGGUCCACGCCUAGGGAGUGUUCCUGUUGUGCCUAACUCAAGAGUUUUCCAUCUUGCGAGAAAGGAUCAUUUAGUUUCUAUGGUAUGCAGGUGAUAGACUAGAGAACAAGACCUCUGUCUCCGUAGCAUCCUGGAGCAGUCUGAGUGCCAGAAUGGAUAACCGGUUCGCUACAGCCUUUGUCAUCGCUUGUGUGCUCAGCCUCAUUUCCACCAUCUACAUGGCAGCCUCGAUUGGCACAGACUUCUGGUACGAGUACCGCAGUCCUGUUCAAGAAAAUUCGAGCGAUUUGAAUAAAAGCCCCUGGGAAGAUUUCAUUAGUGAUGAGGCAGAUGAGAAGACUUACAAUGAUGCCCUUUUCCGGUACAACGGCACCCUGGGGUUGUGGAGACGUUGUAUCACCAUUCCCAAAGGCACCCAUUGGUAUGCUCCACCAGAACGGACAGAAUCAUUUGAUGAGGCUCCAAAAUGCGUCAGCUUCACACUAACUGAGCAGUUCACAGAGAAAUUUGUUGACCCUGGAAACCACAAUAGUGGAAUUGAUCUACUUCGGACCUAUCUGUGGCGUUGCCAGUUUCUUUUACCUUUUGUUAGUCUAGGUUUGAUGUGCUUUGGAGCUUUGAUUGGACUCUGUGCCUGUAUCUGCCGGAGCCUGUAUCCCACCAUCGCCACGGGCAUUCUCCAUCUCCUUGCAGGUCUGUGUACACUAGGUUCUGUGAGUUGUUACGUUGCUGGAAUUGAACUGCUCCAUGAGAAACUAGUGCUGCCUGAGAAUGUGUCUGGUGAAUUCGGAUGGUCCUUCUGCUUAGCGUGUGUCUCCGCCCCCUUACAGUUCAUGGCUUCUGCUCUGUUCAUCUGGGCUGCGCACACCAACCGGAAAGAGUACACCCUAAUGAAGGCCUACCGUGUGGCCUGAAAGGGAAGCUGUCUGCUCUGCAAUCGCCAUUUUUAACAUUUUUUUAGUAUGGGUGUUUUUCUUGUUUCCCCAGUUAUUUUUAAUUUUUGUAGAUAUGCCAUUUUAUCUUGAAAAUCCAUUUUAUUUAUACAUACAUCACUAUGAUAUAUACUUAAUACCACUAAAAUUUAUGUGGUUUAUUCUGAAUGACUCCAUUUUUCUACCAAGCCAAUCUAGGUACAAAGAUCAGACAAAGAAAUGCAUAAAGACUUGACACAAUUUUGUGACAGACCAUGGGCAGUGGAAAGUUGACCCCAUAGCAAGUUCUGGUAAUGCCUGCUAAAUUUCCAGUAAAUGGGCUAACUGUCGGACUGAAAAAACUAAUUUCUUUGGGAAGUUUGUUGUCACUGUCUGAACUUCGUGUUGACUUCCUGUUGUAGACAGCCGGUCAGCUUGCAGUGCUAGGAUUCUUUUUAGACUUAGGCUUCUUAAAAUUGCAAAACUAUUUGACAUCCUCGUCCUUAAUAGAUGGUGGGGAACUAUGACAACUCUUUAUACUGUUUAUCUGCAGGGGAAAAAAGUGAAAAAUAAUGUUUACUUGGAAUUUUAGCUUUAAUUAAUUGCAAAUUUCCAGUUCAUCGAGACAGGUGGAUUAACCUUACAUUAUAAUUUUAAAAAACUCAUUGGGAAUUCUGGUUAAUACCAAAUGAUCUUGAAGUUUUUCUCCUUCCCCCCUCACACACCAGGCGUACUAAAGGAAGACUUUCUUUUUAACCUAAUAAUAGGACCACAGAGUGAAUUCCCUAAAAUUGUUUCUGCUUAUGCAGCUAAGUACCUUGUCGUUCCCCUCCCCCACAGCCCCAGAACUGGGGGUACUGCCACAAGAUCUAUGGCUGCAGCUGUCCACUCACCUCCAACUAGGGUCUUUAUUUCUUGUGGUAAAAUUAUGUGCCUUUCCUUGCCUAAAUCCCCUGCUGGUGUGUGUACCAACAUUUAAUAAUGUCUUCUAAAGCAGUCAUUUUUUUAUAAAUACGUCUAUAAACAUCAAACUUAAAAAAUCUUAUUUAUUUAUUCCAUUACUCUUAUUUAUUUAUUCCAUUAGCAUUUGACAGAUUAAAAAAUGUAACUUAGUAAUUUCUUACCAUAUCUUAAAUCUGUCUUUUUUAAUAAAAUAAAAAUGCGAAGAGA